GAUGGAGCGCGGCACGACAACACGCGAGCAGACGAGGGCGUCUCGUCGGCACGACGACAGAGACUGACCGUCGGCCGCCGCGGCGACGAUGCCGCGCGUCAAGAGAUACCCGGCGAGGAUAGCCGAGUCUGAAGCGUUUCAGGUGAAAGCGACGGCAGGUGGCGAUCCGCAGGACUGUGUGAUGAGCGAGUGCAAGAAGAUACCAGCGACCGGGAAGGUGGCAACCAGGAAGACAACAACCGUGAAGGCGGCAACCGGGAAGGCAACGACCGGGAAGGCAACGACCGGGAAGGCAACGAUGGGGAAGGCAACGACCGGGAAGGCAACGACCGGGAAGGCAAUGACCGGGAAGGCAACGACCGGGAAGGCAACGACCGGGAAGGCAACGAUGGGGAAGGCAACGACCGGGAAGGCAACGACCGGGAAGGCAACGACCGGGAAGGCAACGACCGGGAAGGCAACGGCCGGGAAGGCAACGUCCGGGAAGGCAACGACCGGGAAGGCAACGACCGGGAAGGCAAUGACCGGGAAGGCAACGACCGGGAAGGCAACGACCGGGAAGGCAAUGACCGGGAAGGCAACGACCGGGAAGGUGACGAGUAAGCACAACGGGAAGGUAGUGAAGUCUCGCGCGUUCCUCUGUGAUGUCUGUGGCGCCACCUUUGCGUACAGGUCUCACUACGUGCUUCACGUGCGGCGACACACGGGCGAGCGUCCAUACGCGUGCGCAGCCUGCCCCGCGGCAUUCGCUCAGCGUGGACAGCUGAUCAUGCACACGCGCCGGCACACGCGCGAGCGCCCCUACGCGUGUGACGCAUGCUCCCGCGCGUUCGCUCGCUCCGAUGACCUCGCCGCCCACCAGCGCACGCACACGGGUGAGCGGCCCUUCAAGUGUGACACGUGCGAGGCAGCCUUCACCGUCGCCAGCAGCCUGCGCGCGCACGUGCGCUACAAGCACACGGGCGAGCGACCUCACGCAUGCGACGCCUGCGGCCGUGCGUUCGCGCGGGCGAGCGACCUGCGGAGGCACCGGCGCACGCACACGGGCGAGAAGCCAUUUGCUUGCGACGCGUGCUACGCCGUGUACACGGAGGAGCGCAACCUGCGGCGGCACCGUGCGACGCACAAGCCAGCCACUGCCGCUCACCGCUGCGGCGACUGCGGGGACGCGUGCCGCACAGACGCGCAGCUGCGGCGGCACCGACGCGUUGCGCAUGCGCCGCCGUGCGAGUGCGCGCUUACGCCGUGCAUCUGUGCCGCCGCCGGGGAUGCCGUGCCGCCACGUCGUGAGCACAAGUGCGGUGAGUGCGGGGCUGUGUUUGUGUCGAGUGCCGGGCUGCGGCGGCACACGCGCAGCACGCACACAGGCGAGCUUCCGUACGCGUGCGGUGCGUGCGAGCGACGCUUCGUCGACGCGAGCGCGCGUCUGCGACAUGUGCGCGGCGCGCACACGCAGGAGCGCGCGCACCGCUGCGACACGUGCCCGGCCACGUUCACCGCAGCCUACCUGCUGCGUAGCCACGCUGUGACGCACGCCGGCACCCCCGCCGCGAGACCGUACGCGUGCGCACGCUGCGGCGGCCGCUUCCGCCGGGCGUCGGACCUGCGCGCGCACGCACGCACGCACAGCGACGCGCGGCCCUACGCAUGCGGUGAGUGCGCGGCGGCGUUCAAGCGCGCGAACCACCUCGCUCUGCACCGGCGCACGCACACGGGGGAGCGACCGUACGUGUGCGACGCCUGCAACGCUCGCUUCGCCGACUCGAGCCACCUGCGACGUCACUCGAAGAAGCAUACGGGCGAGCGUCCAUUCGUCUGCUCGGCCUGCGAGCGCCGCUUCAGUGAGAGGAGCAGCCUGAAGGCGCACCAGCUGAGUCACAGCAGGGAGAAGCCAUAUCAGUGCGAGUUGUGCAGUGCGGCGUUUGCGCGCGCGAGCACGCUGCGUCUGCACCAGAGGACUCAUGCGCGCGGACAGCCACUACACCGCUGCGACUGCUGCGCUGCUGCCUUUUCCAGCAGUGCAAGCCUCAGCCGCCACAAGAAGGUGCACGCGAAGCUGGGCGAGGAUCGUUGUGAGUUCUGCGGAAUGUCGUUUGACAGCGACGCGCUGCGGCAGGCGCACGCAGCCAACGGCUGCCACCAGAGGGUGCCGCACCAGGACCGCGCGACGCCGCCCGGCGACGACCUCUACCGGCUGACAACGGCCGAGCCCGUGGCGCCCCCCGGCGGUGAGCAGGAGUUUGCGCUCGUCGAGACGUUCGUGGGCGACCGCAUCCUCGUACUACCCGUGAGUUUCCACGGCGACGUCGGCGUCGCCGGCGUGUUCCAGCCGUUUGCGGCGGCGCCGGCGGCUGCAGCGGCCAUGCCCGUGGCCCAGGAUGGCGCGAACCCUGCACCUGCUGGCAUGCAGCUGGAACAGCUUGUGAGGGAGUUGGGACGCGAGGACAGCCCGACGGAGCUGGGACUCUCCUUCGACGUCCAUUACUAGACGACGGACUACGACUGUCGCUUGCCACUGAAUCAACUGUGUCGUCUGCUAUACAGAUCUGAUGGUGUCGGCUGCCAUUGAAUCAAUAGUGUCGUCUGUCAGUGAACGAACAGUGUCGUCUACUAUACAGAUUCGAUAAUGUCGUCUGACAAUGAACGAACAGAGUUGGGUACAACCGAAGAAACUAGCAUGUGAUAGUGAUACAGAACCAGUAGCGAAAGCUGGUGUAUGCUACAGAUCUAGUGAUAGCUGGAUAGUGUUGUAUGCUACACAUCCAAUGAUAGUGUUGUAUGCUACACAUCCAAUGAUAGUGUUGUAUGCUACACAUCCAAUGAUAGUGUUGUAUGCUACACAUCCAAUGAUAGUGUUGUAUACUACACAUCCAAAGAUAGUACUGUAUGCUACACAUUCAAUGAUAGUGUUGUAUGCUACACAUCCAAUGAUAGUGUUGUAUGCUACACAUCCAAUGAUAGUGUUGUAUGCUAC